AGCUGGCGCCUCGGGCGGGACUGUAGAUAUGAGCACCUCUUGGGGGAGCCCCGGAUGGGUGCGGCUCACGCUCUGCUUGGCAGGCUUAGGGCUUUCUCUCUACGCGCUGCACGUGAAGGCGGCACGCGCCCGGGACCGAGAUUAUCGCGCGCUUUGCGACGUGGGCACAGCCAUCAGCUGUUCGCGGGUCUUCUCCUCCAGGUGGGGCCAGGGCUUCGGGCUGGUAGAGUACGUGCUGGGACCGGACAAUAUCCUCAAUCAAUCCAACAGCAUAUACGGUUGCAUCUUCUACACACUACAGCUGUUGUUAGGUUGCCUACGCACACGCUGGGCCUCGAUCCUGCUGGUGUUGAGUUCCCUGGUGUCUCUGGCUGGCUCUGUCUAUCUGGCCUGGAUCCUGUUCUUCGUGCUCUAUGACUUCUGCAUCGUUUGCAUCACCACCUAUGCCAUCAAUGUGGGCCUGAUGUUGCUAAGUUUCCAGAAGGUCCAAGAACCCCAGGACAAAGUUAAGGGGCACUGAGCCCUCACAAAGUCAGACAAAGCUGACUUUGUCUCCUUUGCUUUGGCAUAUGAGCCUUGCUCAAGCAGUUCGUUAGAAGGCUUACUAGAUACCCCCUUCCUCCAGCUACGAGACCCAAACACAAGACAAUGGACCAAGUAUGCCAUGUUCUCUUUUUUUCUGCCCAGUCCCUUUGGUUCUGUCCCCAAGGGCUGGUUUCCAAAGCUCCUGCCAUUGCUCAAGGAGAGAAGGUUCUGAGCAAUAAAUUUUCCUAAAUAAAUUG